AUGUGGGAUGCAAUUAAUAUAGCAAGCAACCAUGAUCUGAUCAGCCUCGAUAUGAUAUUGGUUGAAAAAGAGGAAACAUUGAUACAUGCAAGCAUCAGAAAGAAUCUUGCUCAAACUUAUCGUCCACAACUAAUUGAAGGGAGCAUAUAUACAAUUACAAACUUUUUAGUUGAAGAAAAUAAAGGAAACUAUCGUCCAGUACAUAACAAAUUCAAAAUACUCUUCAAUUCAGCAACUUCAAUCUCAAAAUUCAGCGGAAUUGAUCAUUCAAUACCUCAAUCCCAAUUUGAAUUUGCUGAUUAUGGAACAAUAGCUUCCCGUUGUUAUGACAAUACUUACUUGAGUGAUGUGAUUGGCAUAUUGGACUACAUUGGAGCCAUUGAGGAGAUCAAAACAAGAGGGCGUCCAACAAAGAUAAGAAACAUUCAACUAUUGUUAGAAGAGACCAAAUCAAUUCAAACAACUUUGUGGGGAAAUACUGCACAUCAAAUAGAUGAUGAUUUCUACAAAACAAAUAAAGGGCCAUUUAUUGUAAUAGUCACUUCAACUAUUGUGAAAACUUUUAGAGGUGACUAUCAAUUAUCAUCAACUUUUGCAACAAAACUGUAUGUAAAUUUAGACAUUCCAGAAGUUGCAGAAAUUAGAAACAAAUUGAACACCACAAUAGACGUAAAUGUUAAAGAAAUACUGCCAAAGAGACUACUUAAAGUACAAGAUGAAGAACUUGCGUCACAAAAUAAAAAAACAGUUGCUGAAAUAAAGAACUUGGAAUGGAACUCAGAGACAAAGGACUUGAUGGUAACAUGCAAUGCCAAAAUCAUUAAUAUCAACAACAAAUAUGGAUGGUAUUAUGUUGCAUGUCUUAUAUGCAAAACAAAAGUGAAACAAGUCAAAGGAGUUUUAUGGUGUGAACGUUGUAAAAAUGAACCAAAGUUUGCAGUCCCAAGCUAUAGAAUACAAGUUGAAGUACAAGAUGAGACCGGAUCAACCACAUUCAUAUUGUUUGACAAAGGAGUUGAGAAAAUUAUAUCGAAAACUGCAAAAGAACUUGCAGAGAUGCAAGAAGAGAUCUUGAAAUUAGAUGAGAAUAUUUUACCAAAAGAGAUUCAAAAAAUCAUUGGCAACAAAUAUUUGUUCCAACUGCAUCUUGAUGAAUAUAACUUGAAGUAUGGAAAAGAAGAUUACACAGUUUCGAAGAUUUUGGAUAUGGAAAUUUCACAUAAGCAAAAUGACUCAUGUAAAGUUGAGGAACAUCAGAACAUAUUGGAGGAAAUUGUAAGAAAACCAAAAAAGGACAAGUACAUAGCCGGUCAAAAAAUAGAAAUAGGAGAAACAUCUGUUGAACGAUCUGAAUUAACCGCUCCUACAACUACUGAAGAUGGAAGAACUGGUCAUAAAAGAAUGCCCCUGCAAAUGCUUCAAAAACGUCAAAAGGGUACUAGACAAAAUGCAUCGAAGAAAAAAAAAUUCUGAAUUCUAAUGUAUAUACUACCUUACUGAAUGUACAUAUGUUUCUUUAGAACUACCUUACUAAAUGUACAUAUGUUUCUUUAGAACUACCUUACUGAAUGUACGUAUGUUUCUUUAGAAGACUAAACUGAAUGUAAACAGAAUGUACUGUUAAGUUA